CCUUCGGCAAGCUCAAGCAUUUUAUACAUUCCCAUUUCAACACAUGAUGGCUGAAGCUCCUAGUAUGGAAACCGUGAACGAACAGCAAAUGCCAGCAGAGGUUCCCAUCCCAGUUCCUGCUCAAGAGCUUGUACAAGAGGCUCCAAAAGGAAGAAAAAGAAAACCUAGAACAACAGAACCAAAAAAUCCAGUGGACCCAAAAAAACCUGCCACACCAAAAAAAUCUGGCAAGUCUACAAAAUCAAAAGAGAAACAAGAAAAAAUUACGGAUACUUUUAAAGUGAAAAGAAAGGUAGACCGUUUCAAUGGUGUUUCAGAAGCUGAGCUUUUAACCAAGACUCUCCCUGAUAUCUUGACCUUUAAUCUGGAUAUUGUGAUUAUUGGCAUAAACCCAGGAUUAAUGGCUGCUUACAAAGGGCAUCAUUACCCUGGACCUGGAAACCAUUUUUGGAAGUGUCUUUUUAUGUCAGGGCUGAGUGAGGUGCAGCUGAGUCACAUGGAUGACCACACCUUACCAGGGAAGUACGGUAUUGGAUUUACCAAUAUGGUAGAAAGGACAACACCGGGCAGCAAGGAUCUCUCCAGUAAAGAAUUUCGUGAAGGAGGACGUAUUCUAGUGCAGAAAUUACAGAAAUAUCAGCCACGAAUAGCGGUGUUUAAUGGAAAAUGUAUUUAUGAAAUUUUUAGUAAAGAAGUUUUUGGAGUAAAGGUUAAGAACUUAGAAUUUGGGCUUCAACCCCAUAAGAUCCCAGACACGGAAACUCUGUGUUAUGUUAUGCCAUCAUCCAGUGCAAGAUGUGCUCAGUUUCCUCGAGCCCAAGACAAAGUUCAUUACUACAUUAAACUGAAGGACUUAAGAGAUCAGUUGAAAGGCCUUGAACGGAACACAGACGUUCAGGAGGUGCAGUACACGUUUGACUUACAGCUUGCCCAGGAGGAUGCAAAGAAGAUGGCUGUUAAGGAAGAAAAGUACGAUCCGGGUUAUGAAGCAGCGUAUGGUGGUGCUUAUGGUGAUAAUCUGUGCAAUAGUCAACCAUGCAGCUUCUCUCCAAAUGGACUAACUGACAGUGCGGAAUUACAUGGAGAAUCAUCUUUGAGUGACAUUCCCAAUGGGCAGUGGACGACCCAGUCAUUUACAGACCAGAUUCUUUCCCUCAAUAAUCACUGUAGGGCGCAAGCACAGGAAGAAGGAAGCCAUGCUUAAGGAUGGUAUUUCUCAACUCUGCUUAAAUGCUGCAGUUUUAAUGCAGUGGUCAAGAAGUAGACCUCAGUUUGCUAACUGAAGUACUAGUAUCUUACU